UCGUAUUUUGAUUUCAAUUUUGCCAAGAAAAAGUGGUGAAAUUCGGCAUUUCUCUGAAAGAAUGUGUGUCAAUUUUUUGAGAAAUGCAAUGCCAAACCGAGCGGAACCCCAAUUAAAUUCUUUGUCCAUGUAAUGAUGCAAAAAGUUCCGUUACGCCACUGUUUUGGGGGCCUGUCGGCAGCAAAUCCACCUUCGUCUCCCUUAAUAUCUCACUCUUUCCCCUGUGUUAGAACAGGACGGCCUGUGUUGGUCCCAAUUUAUAUCAAUUUCUACCAGCUGGUGGUGAGUCAGUCGCUCGCCAUUUAACCCGGAUCAGUGACCUUUUCUGUCAAAAUGCGCCGCCCCCAGUCGUGUGACACUUUCGUGGUGUUGCCACCUUUGACGCAACACGGAGUCGUUUUCGGCAAAAACUCAGAUCGGCCUCAAGGAGAGGUCCAGGAAGUGGUUUACGUACCAGCAACACAGUCUUCGGAACCUGUCAAAUGCACUUACAUCGAAAUCGAGUCGACUGGGGCCACCAAGGCGGUCAUUUUGAGCAAGCCGGGAUGGAUGUGGGGCGCCGAGAUGGGGGCUAACGAAUGUGGAGUGGUCAUCGGGAAUGAGGCGGUCUGGACGAACGACAACGAGGGGGACCAUGACCCCACAGUCAAAAGACUUAUAGGCAUGGAUUUGGUUCGAUUAGGGUUGGAAAGAGGGGCCUCUGCGGGCGAAGCCAUGGAUGUUAUAACACAAUUAUUAGAAAAGUACGGACAAGGGGGCCCUUGUUCACACACUGACCCUAAUUUUACCUAUCAUAAUUCGUUUCUAAUAGCUGAUCCUAACACGGCUUGGGUAUUGGAAACUUCGGGCAAACAUUGGGCUGCUGUUGAAGUCACAAGUGGAUAUAGAAAUAUAUCAAACGUGUUGACUAUUACUACAAAAAUAGAUAAAAUGUCUGAAGGAUUAGAGGAGUACGCGAAAUCGAAAGGUUUAUGGAAUGGAGAGAGCGAAUUUAACUUUUGUGAAGCCUUCAGUGGCGAAAAACGGCCUGGGGAUGCGCGGUAUUUGGCCGGUGAAAAACUACUAGCAAAAUACACAAAUUCUAAUAAUUUCAAAGAAACCGAUAUGUUUGCAAUUCUAAGAGACAAAAAUUCGGAAAUUUGCAGACGCUGUGAUGCCCCUUUUCCGACUCAGGGCAGUCAGGUCUCAGUUUUGAGCUCCUCGCGUCCAAGCGUGCACUGGUUCACCGCCACUCCAGACCCUUCUGUUUCCGUUUACAAACCGUUUAUUUUUUCCCCAAACGCGGUCAUUUCAAACCAUACGAAGUGUCCCGAAAGCGACAAAACGGCCCCUCAUACCCUCUAUUCGCUCCAUUCCCAAGCGGUGAAAAGGGGCAGCGACGUUCAGUCUUUGUUAAGGAACAUGGAGGCCGAUUGCGUGAAUGAAUUGGAGGCGGUUUUGGCAAAUGUCGGCGAUGACCUCUCCGAAUUCGACGAAUUGCUCAAGGAUUGCGUCGAAACCGAAGUGAAAUUUUAUCGUUAGGUUUUUUUAUGCACAGUUAUUUUACUGGAGUAGCUUUGAUAUAGUCGCUUGAUGCGUUAUCAGGAAUGUAAUGGACAUUUCUGCUAUUUUGUAGCCAAAUAAUCGUUGUGAUGUGCUUAGAUGUGGCAAUUUCAGAGGUUGUGGUCUCUUUGCAUGCUUCAUCGAGGUUUUUUUGUGAUAUGUUUCGUUUGAGAACAAAGUGACGUUUUUAUGUAUUAUUUUAUUUUUUUAUUACGUAUACCUAUUUAAACUUACAUUAUACACAUUACUACUCAAGAUAUGUUACGUCAUGUACUAAUUGAGCAUUGUUUGCACAUUCCAUGAAUAAAGUGAGCAAGAUCA